AUGAAGGUUGUAAUUAUUGGUGGUGGACCAUGCGGACUUGGAGCUGCUUGGCGUGCUGAAGAAAUUCGACGUCAAGGUAAUAGCAAUGUCGAUUGGAUACUCGUUGAAGAAUCAUCCAAUGCUGGUGGUCUCGCUAGAACAGUUGUUGAUGAAAAAGGUUUUCUAUGGGACAUGGGUGGUCAUGUUAUAUUUUCGCAUUAUGCUUAUUUUACUCGUUUACUUGAUUAUUUGUUACCAAAUCCUACCGAUUGGAAUUCUAAAAUUCGUGAAGCAUGGGUAUGGAUGCGUGGUACAUUUAUUCCAUAUCCAUUACAACAAAAUCUUCAUCGUCUACCAAAACAUGAAAUUGUUGCUUGUAUUGAAGGUCUUCUUGAAAAUGAACGUCGUCGUUCAACAUUUUCAAAACCUGUUACAUUUGCUGAUUGGCUGGACCAAUCAUUUGGUCGUGGUUUAUGUGAUGUAUUUAUGCGUCCAUAUAAUUUUAAAGUUUGGGCAUAUACACCCGAUAAAAUGAAUGUUGAAUGGAUGGGUGAACGUGUUGCAACUGUUAAUAUAUCACGUGUUAUACAUAAUGUUAUACUUGGUCAAGAUGAAAUUGGUUGGGGACCUAAUAAUACAUUUCGUUUUCCAAUGAAAGGUGGUACAGGUACAAUAUGGCGUCGUUUAGCUGAAGUAUUACCACAAGAAAAACUUAAAUUUUCAAAACAAGUUACUAAAAUUGAUGUUAUACAAAAAAUGAUUUCAUUUAAUGAUGGUUCAUCAGAAUCUUACGAUGCUAUUAUUUCAACAAUGCCAAUGAAUUGUUUAUGUCAAAUAAUUGAAGGUACAACAAAAAUUACUCGUAGUGAAUUACUUGAUAAAUCUAAACAAUUUCGUUAUUCAUCAAGUCAUAUAUUAGGUUUUGGUAUUGAAGGUCAACCACCAACACAUUUAAAUACAAAAUGUUGGAUGUAUUUUCCUGAAGAUGAUUGUCCAUUUUAUCGUGCAACACUUUUUUCAAAUUAUUCACCUUAUCAUGUACCAAAACCAGGUGAACAAUGGUCACUUAUGUGUGAAGUUGCAGAAUCUUCUGAUAAACCUGUUGAUAUAGAUAAUAUUAUUGCUAUUACAGAACAAGGUUUAAAAAAUACAAAAUUAAUUGAUAAUGAUACAAAAAUUCUAUCACGUUUUCAUAUUCGAUUAGAGUAUGGUUAUCCAACACCAUUCUAUGGUCGUGAUCAACUUUGUACACCACUUUUUGAAGAAUUCGAAUCACAUAAUAUCUAUUCACGUGGUCGAUUUGGUUCAUGGAAAUAUGAAGUAUCAAAUCAAGAUCAUUCAAUGAUGUUAGGUGUUGAAGCUAUUGAUCGAAUUGUAUUUGGUACUGAAGAACUUACACAUAAAUAUCCAGAUAUUGUGAAUGCAAAACGAGAUAAUGUUGGUCGUGUGCCUUUUAUUCCAACUCAAUAA